AUGCCCCUCGACACAAGUGCGACUGAUCAACUCUCCGCACCGGACUCGCGCAACGAUGUACCUGCCGAGGACCCUGUCCCUCUCCUCGAUGCCGCCGACGGAACGACGAAGCCUGAACCGAAGCUCAAGAGCCGCGAGGACCUUCGACGUCUGAACCGCCGCGCGACCCAGGACGGCAUGUACGGCGGCAUGCUGGGUGGAGGUGCUCUCAUCUCGUCAACGGGCAUCUCCUUCCUCACCACACGGCACAUGAUCCGCUCAGCACUGGGUGAGCAUUACGACUAUAUCCAGUCCCGGCAAGAAGCGACUGGUGGCAUGCGCGAUCGUGCAGACGGUGACUCGCCUCUUGCGCCAGUUUCGCCGCUCGCGCCCGUUGAUGCUGAGGCCGAGCGCCGGCGCAAACUCGCCGAGGAGCUUAGUAACCUUGGCAAGCCGCGGCCACGGACCAUGUUCACGAAGGGCAAGGGACUCGAGGGCGAGGUCGAGGAGCAGCAGGAGAUGGUCGACCCGUACCUCCGCUCUGGAGUGCCGCGGCGCGAGAUCUAA